AUGGACGGACACGCCGAGGGAAUACGACCGGGGGCUAGGGCCAGGAAAAAGUCUCAGCGCUGGGAUGAGAUGAAUAUCCAGGCCACUUAUCACCCUGCUGACAAGGACUACGGAUUUAUGAAGGUGGAUGAGCCCGGCACUCCCUACCACAGGCCACAGGACAGUGAUGAGGACCUGUUUGCGGGAUCCUCCCAGAGGGUGACUCCUGAAGCACUGGCAGAGAGGUUUGCAACCAUGGACAAUUUCAGCCCCAAGGUCCUUCAGUAUGGUGAUAACAGAAGCUCAGGGUCUCCAGACAAAUUUUACAAGACACGUGAGAUGAAGGACUCCAGUGAUUUUGAUAAGCACCGCAAGGCACACUACAAUGAAGGGAAGUUCUUCAAGGCUCAGAAAAACCUGCUCUUGGAUGAUGAUGAGGACAGCAACAGGAGUAUCAGCAGUGACGGUCGAGGUGUGAUGCUGAACCCAGAGCCCAGGCCUGUGGAGAGAGGCUGGGCAAGAGGACUGGCCAGAGGAGUCAAAGAUGAGACUGACCCAGUGACCAGGAGCCACAUCCUAGAAGCCAAGGAUUCCUCUACCUGCAGAAAUCAGUUUCCUCAUCCUUCAGCCUCCAUUACAUUGGAGCAGGAGAUUGAUGACCAACGCAAGGAAUAUUACAGCAAAGGAAUAUACCUGAGGUCUUGCUCCCACCCAGAGCUUGAGGAGGACACAGAAGAUGAGCAGCGGGACAGUGAGAGCCCAGGUGUCCACCUGGAGGCAAGAGGGCUGAGGACCAGCAGCCUGAUAGAUGAAACCCUGCAGCUUCAAUGGACUCAGGAAGAGGAAAUCAGAAAAUGGAAAAUGUAGCCAGCUGGGGGUGGGGUGGGGACAGCCUCCCUCUGCCUUCACCACCCUAGGGGUAGACAUAGACAAUAAAGAGAAGCAGCACAGGA